AUGUUGGUAAUGAUCAUUAAGGCAGACGACAGCAGGAGAGACCUCAUCUCCUUCAACGCGGAGACUUUCGCGCCUUCCCGCAAAUCUCCACGGAAUUUUCUCCUGGAUCAGUUGUUCAUCGACAAGAUAAUCGAGCAGCGCGGUUCAACCAUUGUACCAGUGAGGGAUCAAUUCAUCGGCCAGCGAGUUCCGCACGCAUUCUCCAAAGACCGCGACAUCGUCUAUCCGUCAGGUCUUCCGAUCUAUCAUCGUCAACCGUUUAAACAGACACCCUCCAUGUUAACCACGCUCAAAGGUGAUCCGUUGUUCGUGAAAAGUCGGGAAUCACGCGGACAACGGGCGACUCUCCGAGAGAAUCCCUUCGAGAGACAAAGCUCGCCCUUCGCGUCAUCGAUGGAGGUGUUCGGAGGACGCGCGCACAAAACUCGAACGCCGCUCAAACAGCAGUUGUUUAUGGCCGAGACGCCACUUAGGAACUUAUUUCACGGGCAAUCAUCAUCAGGUGAACGAGCAUCGUUUCAGAAACAAGCGGUCCUCGAUGACCCACCCCUUCCUCAUCCGAUGAGAUUCUAUCGCGAUGACCCUUACGACAAGCCGAUCGAUUCGUACGGACGACAGAGGGACGCGCAAACUUCACCCUACGAGGACCACCCGCCGAUGCAUACGGAAUACGAUAAUGACAUGCCGCCUUCGAUGCCGAUGAUUUUGUCUUCCGAAAACCUUGUCUCACGAAAUGUCGGAAUGUUCACGACGCCGUCGUCAGUAUCCAUCGUUACUGACAAACCUGGUUUUUCCAUUUCUACUUCUUCCGGUAACGACGAAGUUCAUUCAUCAGAAGCUUCCAAGAUGAAACGCGACCCGGCCUCAGACUCGGCUCCAUCAUCAAUGCAGGCUGAUGGUAACUGUAAUGUGCUAGUCGACAGUUCGCCGAGCGUGUCCAGCCGCGCAGCUACAACCGUUCCAUCAAUCUCAGUUAACCAAUCCUCGAUUGUAGGUCAUAUCUUAACGAGUUUAACAACCAAGCCCAGUUCACCUGUCAUGGCUACGGCAACUCCAAUAACGUCGUUCGUCGGAAACACUCCCAAACCGGUCUAUUUCCACGCGACCAAAUACGGAGCUGUCAUGACACCUUCCAUUCCCGCUGAGAAUGGAUUGAAGAGCGUCAGGAGCGAGUCCUCGCUUGCUCAGGCACCGACAAGCGACUUCAAGAGCGACGAGAGUAACCUUAAGUACUUAGUGUCGGAAGCGGUGAGGAACAACCUGAAGACGGAUACCAAGAGCCCAAUACUGAGCUACAUCCUCGACGAAGGGUUCAAAGGCAACCGCGUCCAGAGCUCCCUCGCAAAGUACACAUGGCCCAAGGGACUUAAAUACGAUUGGUCGCUGCAGCAUUUCUCGCAACCGGAUAUGUCGUCCGGCUACGCUCCGUUGUCUCUAGACGGAAAGGCAAGCCUCGCUCUACCGAGUGUAUCUCGUGUCGUGCCCAUUUCGGCGAUUUCUUGGCCAGUGAAGAGCGAAAGAGAUAUUUCCGCGAUUUUACCAGUGAAAACCAUAACGGCAUCUGGCGUGACGACGAGCCACAAUUUGCCACUGGGUAUGGCGAACAGCAUACCUUUGCAUUCGAUGGCGAGCAUACCGAGCAGUCUAACCCCAAGUCUAUCCAAUAGUAUAUCUGGAAUAACUGCUGACAUAUCAACGGCUAUACCUGAUGGCAUGGCGGUGAACAUACCUGCGAGCAUACCAACUUUGAACUUCGAGGAAGAUUUACAUCGCGAACACUUACGAGCUCAGGAGGCAAGAAAUCCCUGGUAUUCCGGAGGUAUCUCAGCUACACUCUUAAUGUACUUUGCAGGUUUGCAACUGCAGCUAGGUGGUUUCGGCGGGAUAAAUUACACGUUGCAUACGAGUAAUCCCGCCGUGAGGCCGACCGAGAGCCUUGGGAUCGUGGAAGCGGACUUAACUCCGCCGAAAUUACCGUGGCAAGCUCCCGCACUUGCAAAAGUGAGUUCUCGAGGCACGAUCGCGAGUUUCGCCGCGCCGGCACUCGCGACGCUCGAAAGCCUCCGUAAUGACGACGUAAUAUUACUUUGGUCGCUUUUAUUAGCUCCGUACUCGAUUACGAGCAUUCCCUUUCGUUCUUUCCCUGUUCCUUGCACUCUCUCCCGCUCUGCCGUCCUUUCAUCUCCAACCCUUCCAUCCUCGCUGCCCUUCGCGCGUCUCCGUAACGUAGCCCUCACAUGUCACCCUCUUCGCUCCUGUACGAGUUCGCUUCCGUUACGUUUCAUUUCGCAGCUGUACGCACUGGUGGGGUCAGGUCACCUGUAUACUUCCGUAAAUGAAUUAAGCAAAUUGCAGUUUGUCGAAUGGACAUAUUUAGCGCGUUAUUUGGUGGAGGCGGCGCGGCCGCACCUACGAUGGGAAAGCGUGCAAAGGGCGAAGAGAAAAUUAUCGUGCUGUUACGGUGUUUAAGCCUGACGCAUUCAUAUUUCCGCGCUUCGUUAAGCAGCCAGCAAAGCGUUGAAUUUACUGUUACAGUUAAUAGACCGAAUGAUUCAAUCUCCGCGAAUAAAUAUAAGUAUUAUUAUAUCAUUUGUAACUCUUUUUAGAUGGGCGUUGUAUAAAUAUCGCGUGAAGCAAUAGCAAAAAACGAACGUCGUGUGAGAAUGAUUUACAGAAGUAUCCGCUAGUAUCGCAAAUUGGAAUGAUAUAAUUUAUUUAAUAAUUUGUUUAUAUCUAUAUCGACACAAUCUAUCGAUGAGUCUCUAAAAACUGAAAUUUUUGUAAAAUCGCACAAUGUUUCUUUCACAACUUUAUAAUUAUUAUGUGUUUACCGCCGUGUAAAAUCUGCUGUGUAAAGUUGCAUUGACAGAAUAUAAAAAAGGUAUUAAAGAAUAUUUUUUCACACAUCUUGUCUUAAAUUUAAAUUUACAUUUUUUAAAAUACUCUUUUUUCUCGCUUUAGAUUAAAUUAGAAUUUGAGAAUAUAUUGCACAUAACCAUAAAGAGCACCAAGUGAGUAUUUGCCGUCAAGUACAUCUCAAAGCGGAAACUUCAAUCAUCUACUCUGUAGAUAGUAGAUUUCUAAUUACCAUUUAGAAGUACGUCUAUAUGCUUCGGUAAAUGCCAUCGAACGCUGGAAGUUCGUUGGCAGAAGCUCAUGAAUAUGGAACGCGCAUUCGCGAGAUAUUAAUUAGUAAAUCAAUUUUGUUAAUCAUACACGUUGCUGCCUGACAAUUCUGUUAGUUCAUCCGCAUACGUAAGCUCCCGGCCAUUUCGUCGAAAGCGCGUCAGGAUGAAGCCAAUUUAUUGUACUGUUACAUUGAAAGCGAUGUCUCGCAUGAAUUAUAUGCGUACAAUAUUAGAAUGAAAUACAAACCAUCCGUCCAGUACAAAAGCUGUUGCACCGUUUGCCCUUUUGAUCCGCCGAUACCGAUAAUAGAAUAUAUAUCAAAUACAAAAAUAACGAAAGGUUGCAGUAUACGAAAACAAGAAUUUGGCAACUAUCGCAAAAAUAUUUUAUAUCAUUGGAUAUACCAUCGAGAAAUAUUACGCAGUGUAGAACGAGAUAGGUAAUUAAAACAAUUUACAAUCCGCGGCAAACUACUCUGAUUAAAGAAAUAUUUUUAAACUCCUGCGAGCACCAAUCUAUUUUAUGGCAACAGGUAAAUAUUCUGACAGCGUCGCACGUUGUUUCGUCGGUAUUCUGUUGCAAAAGGACGAUUGCGUGAUAUUUCUUUAAGAGCAAGCGAAUGGAAACGUCUUCUCGGCGGGAAAGAAAGUUUUCCCCGCAUUUUUCGCGCAGCAAGCGCAAAUAAAGCGUCCCGCGUUACUUUGUGCCCGGGCCGCGAUGCCGCUCGUAAAUCCUUCAAAAAUUUACCGCAAAAUACGGCCGCUGCCGUUUCGCAUGCCUCGGUGACGCAGGUGCCGGUUCCGUAAGGCCAAGGGACAGAAGGGACGAAGGUAAAACUGGGCGGCACGGGACGCGACCGGGUCCGUAGUCUGAGUUUCUUAUUUACAUUAAUUACACCCGGGGAAGUUUCUACCUUUUGCGCUGGGGAGGAAGAAAGAAGCGUGCUGUGUGGAUUUUGUUGCUCGCUUUGCAGUGCCAGCAAUUAUUUUCGCAGUCAGUAAAUAUGAUUAAUCGCGACGGAUUAAAGAUAAAACAAGGCCCGACGCUCGGCCGGAAUAAAUUAUGCCCGUUGAAAUGGCGGGCGUGGGACGUGGGACAGCUCGCGCGCUGUUUAUGUACCUUUAUAGUGUGUUGUGACGAUGUUGUUGUUGUGAAAUUAAUUAAAUUAAUUGAAAUUGCACGAAACUGGACACACGCGUGAAACGCGCUCGGACUCGCCGGCCCGAACACGCAUUUCUGGAUUGCACGUGAAUUCAAUCGCGUCACAUUAGACUGAUAUAAUUCUCUGCCGAGAUUUAGAUGUCUAGCGCCUAAUAAAUUUGAUCGCGCGAAUUCAUGAGGUGUAAUCGCGCAGAUUCGUUUAUGUGCCCAUCAAGCCUCAUGAAAUCCGAAACAAAAAAGAGGCAGAUAGAGGCAUAAUAAAGUCCAUAUCUAUAAUUUUUAAAUAUUAUUAAGAGUUUAUUGCAUUGUUACUCCUUUUCGCAUUUUAAUGUAUUUACCAUGUGCAGUUAUAUUAUAUUUUGUUGAUCGACCACAGAAAGAGUUCGACGAUUGCACGUAAAAAUCAUUUGAAAUCCCCUCUGAAAUGCGGAUGUCCCGCGUCGUCUGUUUGUUCCUUUUUGCGUUUGUUCGCCACUUGCUUUUGUUUCACAAUUUAUGUAUCUAUUUUUAUUCACAUCCCUCUUCCUCUUGUUCACCGCGUCGGCCAAGAACCCCGACGCUCAAGCGGAUAUCUACAAACGGUCGGAAGUCCCGAGAUACCUUUUAUUCCUCAAACGUCUGUAAAAGUUGGCACCGAACGAUUUUGCUGCAGAUUGAAUUUCGCUGGCGGCCGUAGUAGUUGGCCACGACCAUUGUCGCUGCAGAUUGCAUUGAACCGAACCAAUGUAGUCACACGUGCACGCCAGGUCGGAGCAGAAAUGGUGCGAGAGAAGAAAAGAAAAAAAAAACAGGAAAAGAAGAAAGGUUGUCGCAAUGUCGCAUUCAGUGGCGGAAAUUAUUCGGUUGCGAGAAAGGACCGGCUCUUCCGAAUGAGAACGCGAGUAACGUACGCUGCGUUUGCGGGCCAGUUGUAUGAAUUCACGGUCCCGUCCGGCGAAUGUAUCCGUCAUUGAUCUGCGCUACUGCUCCAUGUGCGUUCACGUAUAGAUGAUUAAUUAAAGAGAGAGCGUCAAAUCUGCACAGUGAAAUCAGUCAAACGAUACAGUUCUCGCAAACAUUUGAAAUUGUGGAUUCUGACUCCUCUCUAACGAACGACGCGAGCCGUUUAAUUAAUUGCGUCCCUUAAUUCGAGAAUAAAAUUUUUUCGUGAAUUGGCACUUGGCAUUUGCGCGGUGAGAGUUUGCAAUGUAAAUACGCAGAUCAUUAUGUAUAUUAUAUCCCACGUCGGUCACGUUAUUAUGCGAGAUAAUUGUGUAUCUUGCACUGUGAACUGCUGCUUCGCGAUUUGCAAGGGUUGCUAGUUUGCGCGUUCGCCCGUAAUUUCGUUACUUUUUGCGGCAUGACUGACUAGAAAUCGUCAUAAUUCGCAGUUAAUUACAACAGUCCAACAGAACAAUAUAGAUUCCUUUCAUUUCCCUUUUUUUGGAAUUCCUCCCGGCGCGCGAUGGAGCGGAUAAUCUGCCAUUGGCUUACGUCAAAUCACUUCACCCGUGCGUUUCAUGGGGGAUGCAGCGCGAGCGAUUUAAUUGCAAAUUGAAUCCGUCCACGGUUUUCGUAUUUUUCAUUUAUUUUAACGUAAUUGAAACUUCUGCGAUUACAAAAUCCCUUUAUCGUGCCUGUUUCGUAAACGCGCACGCGUCCACUCAUCGUAGUCGACUGAUUUUAAUACGCCUAAUACAUUUUAAUACGUGUCAAACUCAUUAAUGAGUUAUUUUACGCGGUAUUCAUUAAGCGAGCGAGAUACGAGCUGCAGAAAUAGCACCGCUCAUGAAUAUGCAUGUUUAUUUACAAAUUUCAACAUUUGUCCAAAUCGCGCGCGUUUAUUAUUAUAAUAUUAUUACUAUAAACGUGCUCUCGCAUUUGUAUCUGUCGUUUCUCGCAGCGAUCAGUCGGGAAAGAAUGGAGAAACUGAAGAAGAAAAAUGAUCCGGGCGGGAGAGGAGGCGAGGGCAAGGGAACUGCAAGUCCUUUAAUUUAUACUAUAAUUUAUUACUUUUAACAAGUGUUCCUGUGUAUGUCGUGUUAGUGUCAAUGUGUCAAUCGCGUAAUUUUUCGCUCGUAAGUAUGUACGUAUACGUAUUGCCUUCAGUACAUACAGCGUUCUUUUUAUGUGUAUCUUCUCUUUCUCUCUCUGCCGCGGCUUAAUCUCAGCAAAUUAAAGAAUCUUCUUCUUAAACCUAUGCCCUGUAUAGACCAUCGGUGAUAAUAAAUAAGAAACUCCAUAGGAAAACAGCAUAACCGAUAUCUCGCGCACCGAGAGUAACACUCGCGCAUGUUACGUCGUAUAACAUGUGUUGUACAUAAUAUAUACAUACACGUAUGCACACGUACGUGUCUGUAUGUAUGUAUAUACAUAGAAAUAUAUUUCUCGUUAACGUGUUAAUAGCAUCCCAACACUUUCAUCCACGAAAGACAACGUGCCAACAUGAUCGCCUCGCGCAUCGGCAAGUUCCCGCAAUUCGGGCUCAAUUGGGAAUCGUCAGACACCCCAUCGCGCGUCUCUCGCUCACAGGCGCGAGCGCGAGCGCGCGCGCACACACACACACUUACAAUUUCACAGACCAUACACGCACACGCAAUCAUGCUCCCCCAAUUAGACGUUAUAUUUACACAGAUAUACAGCGCUACUCUUGCUCUCGCAAAUUGUGAUGCCGUGUCACCCACGUAUCACGUAAUAUCGUCGCAUAUGUGUAUCGAUACGUGUAUACACCGUAUGCACAUGUAUCGCGUAUAUAUAUGUACAGAGAGGAAAGUAUCAGGUUAGAAAAAUACAGCCAUUUUACUCAGGAUCGUAAGAAACUUUCUAACAUCUCUCGAAGUGUCACGCGCUAUAACAGAAGACUAGGCUGACUUCUCUCGCGGCUCUCGCGCAUUCUUCACCCUUCCUCCCCCGGAAUCCUUUCGAAGAAGUAUGCCUUCUUCUUCGGGAUCGUUCUCUUCAUUCCCGUGGACACCCGAGCUCAUGUUGUCACCGCGCGUUUAGCGCUUAAACGUAGCCGUUAAUUAAGUAAUCCGGGUCGCAAUCUAGGUGGUGCGAUAAUCAAUUACCACUAAUGAAUUAAACACAUACUUAUGACAGUACACACAGCUUGUCGUAUAUUUUCUAAUGUAUUUUCUAGCAGAAUUGGCAAUCUUUAAAAAAACGAAACAUAAAGUUCUCGAAGACAUCGUUACAUUGAGUUGCAUCUAGGUGCGACUCGGAUUAUUUAGUUAAUGAUCUGAUAUUCUCGUCGUCCUUCGGGGGCGAGACUGGAAAUCGGAUAAUCGGCGCUGCGGACGACACGAACAACGGGGAUGAAAAUACGAAUCCGGGUGUCCCGGUGGAUGAUCGCGAGAAUUUCCCAGGUUCUGCGCAUCCCGACGUUACGCACCCUUACGCUCGCACUUGUCCCCUGUGCUUCGUUAGUGACGUGGAAAGCAGAGCGUGAGAACUUCGCUAAUUAAGAAGCGAUCGGCUUCCAACGGAAGCCUCUUUACUCCUUACGACGACGCUAAGUGGCACACUGCGCGAUCCACGAGCUCGAGACGAGAGAACAGCACCCUCUGAAGCGAAGAGUCACAAUGGGACUAGGAGCAAGAGAAUCGGCGAACUUCCUGGCCGAAGUUGCGAAGGGACCAGCCCUUCGCGGUCGGCUCGCGUGAACUGGCCAUGAUUGAAGUGAGUUGAGUGAGCUUUAUCAUUGAAUUGGGCUUACAGAUGAAAGCAAUGUUGUACACUGUUUUAAUACUCGUAUUUAAUUUGGUAUAACGUGAUGAAUUGGGCGAGCGAAGCAAUUAUAAAGUAUCAAGAAGGAGCUCGCCGAUCAUGCUUCGACUUCGGGCACGUUCGCCGAGGGAACUUGGACUUUCGUAAUUUAUCGCAAGCGACAUAGGUUGUCCGAGCUCACGCAGGUGAAACACGCUUGUUGGUCCACCUUGUUGCAGAUCAACCUCUCUCUCUCGUCGCUAAUCGCGCCACG